GGUGUCAAAAGUUGGGGGAGAAGCUUCCGUGCUCUGCCUCUCUGUGUGUGCUAUCCGUGUGCCUGAGCCUGACACCAGUGUGGCUGGCGUGUAUAUAUAGAGGGUGCUGGAGUUGGAGACAGGUAUCCAUCAGCCGAAUCCGAUCGAUAGCACAGCACAGCACAGCAGAAGCAACUCGUAGCCAGAGGACAUACCUGAUGGAGAACAACAGGAGCAACCAGCAGGCUCCUCCACCACCGCCAGGGUACCCGACGGCGGCUGCGGAGCAGGACCAGGUCGGCGGGAAGAAGGGGCGCCGGGCGAGCACCAAAUCCAGGGGCGAGAAGGGCUUCAUCGAGGGAUGCCUCGCCGCACUGUGCUGCUGCUGGAUCUGCGAGAUGUGCUGCGACUAACCGGCCGGCCGGCGAGGCCGCUGCUGGCUGGCACAAGACCUCGGUGCUAUAGUACCCACGAGGAGGAGGAGCGUAUGCGUAUACAGAGAGAGAAUUGUUCUUAAUUUCAGUGCCCGUUGUUUUAGGUUCUAUACAGUAUAUACUCCUAAGUUGAUGGAUGCAUGAUCAGUACCAGUGUGAGAUAUCGAUUCAUGUAUCCGUGUUGGGUGCGAUAUUCAUGCACCUCGUCGUGUGUAAUUAAUCGGUGUGUACGAGACCCACGAAUAUACUUACAAGUACUGUCUACUGUGAUUGAGUA